AUGGAGAUUUCAAGCUCUGAUAGUCAUGAUGUAUUCAUCGAUUUCAGCACCAAAGAUACACGUUACUCCUUCGUCAGCCAUCUCUCCGCGGCUUUUGGCCGUAGGAAUAUCUCAACGUUCCUCGGAGAAGACGGGGACGCGACGCUGGAGACUGAUUUCCGGUUACCCGACGAUAUUCAGUCGGCGGUUGAGAGAACUAGCGUUUUUGUGGUUGUCUUCUCCGACAACUACGCGUUCUCGCCGCUCUGUUUAGAAACGCUCGUGACGUUUCUUGACCGGUGUAAAGACGGUCUGGUCACGGUGAUUCCGGUCUUCUAUGGUGACGUCACUCCAUCUAUCGUUGAGCAACAGACAGAGAGGUUUGGAGUUGCUUUUUCCAACCACCAGAGUUCGUUCUCUGACGACCGGAUAAAAAGAUGGCGAAACGGUCUGAUUGAAGCGGCCAAGUUACAAGGCCAUGAAUCAUAUGAUCAACGAAAUGACUCAGAGUUAGUAGAAGAGAUUGUUGCGGAUGUGCUCGAGCAGCUGUAUCCAACGGGUAAGAUCGGGAUCUACAUGAGGUUGCUCGGGAUCGAAAACUUACUUUGCAAGCAAUCUCAUGACAUAUACCGACUAGGGAUAUGGGGUAUGCCUGGCGUAGGCAAGACUACCAUUGCUGGAGCAGCCUUUCACCAAAUAUCUCAAGGCUUUGAAACUCAUUGCUUAGUCGAAGACUUUCACGCAAAUUUUCAUAAGAAGGGGCUACACAUAUUCCGGGAAGAAAAUUUUGUCGAAAAACUAAGAGAGAAAAAAGUUCUUGUUGUUCUUGAUGAUGUCCGCAAUCCUAUGGAAGCCGAAUCUUUCCUUGGAGGAUUUGAUUGUUUUGGUCCUGGAAGUUUAAUAAUCAUAACAUCACGAGAUAAGCAAGUUCUUUAUCAGUGUCAGGUUGAGGAUGUUUAUGAGGUACCGACUUUAAACAAGAAGGAGGCUCUACGUUUAUUCACCCGAUUUGCGUUUCCAGAUAAAGAACUAAGUGAUAGUAACCUAAUAGAGGUGUCAAAGAAGGUCGUUGAGUAUACUAAUGGUAAUCCUACAGCUCUCUGCUUCUAUGGCAGAGAGUUGAAGGAUAGGUCGGAACCAGAAGAAAUGGAGGAAGAUUUCGAGAAGAUUAAGCGAUGUCCUCCGAGGGAGAUUAUUGAUGUCUUCAAGGGCAGUUACGAUGUGCUCAGCGACAAUGAGAGGAGCAUAUUCUUGGACAUUGCUUGCUUCUUUAACGGUGAAAAACUCGAUUAUGUCAUGCGUAUACUUGAAGGUUGUGGUUUCUUUCCACACGUUGGAAUCGAUCGUCUCGUGGAACGAUCUCUAUUGAUGAUAUUACAGGAAAAAGUAGAGAUGCAUAAUUUGAUUCAGGACAUUGGUCGAGAAAUUGUGAACGAAGAAAAGAAACAAAUGACGUGGCCUCGCAGAGUGUGGGAAUCUUCAAGCAUCAAAUUAUUACUUGAAGACAAUGAACCUAAGGGCACUGAAGUUAUUGAAGGCAUUUUUCUUGACACAACAAACAUAAACGUUGUUGUUAAUCAUAUGGCGUUUGAGAAUAUGUAUAAUCUUCGACUGCUGAAGAUUUACAGUUCAAGCUCUGAAACUGCUCAAGAACUCUAUCUACCUGAGGGACUUAACUCUCUGCCUUAUGAGCUCAGGCUACUUCACUGGGAAAAGUAUCCGUUGCGAUCGUUGCCUCAAGAUUUUGAUCCUAGCCACCUUGUUGAACUCAAUAUGCCUUAUAGCCAACUUCAGAAUCUUUGGGGAGGAACAAAGAGUUUAGAGAAGUUGAAGAUAGUAAAUCUUAGUCAUUCUGAACAACUAGUUGAAGUUGAUGAACUCUUAAAAGCUUGUGCGCUUGAGCAAAUUGAUCUUCAAGGUUGCACAAGCCUUGAGAGGAUCCCAAACACUGAUCGGCUUAAGAAUCUUCAACUUCUGAAUCUCUCUGGUUGCACGAGUAUCAAAAGUGAAGAGAUUACAGAGAAGAUAAAAGGACUUUAUCUAGAAGCCGGCUUAAGAGACACAAAAUCUGAAUCAAUGGUGUUCUCCACGUUAGUAAAGCUAGAACCUGAGGAUAACACAGAGAGCCUAUGA